AUGAAUGGAAGUCGAAUAUGUCAUUAUCCACAUUUGACCAGAGCAGAAUUCGACGACGCGGCAAAACAUUUCCUCAGACAAGCACAUCAUGCAGGAGGAGAAGAUGCUGAUUGGAAAUGGAUCGAGCAUGAGAGAGUAAAGGGAUUUGGAUAUCUGGCCACGAGAAGACUGCUUUACAGACCUACCGCUCUCCAAAACUCGAUCGAUCAAGACAACGACGACACUGAUGACUCUGUAACUGUCAAGGAAGAACCUGAUCAGAGCUCCAUCGAUGUCCCAUCGGAAUGCUUGACUGUUGAUUAUCACAUUAUAUACUCGUCGUCGUAUCGCGUUCCCGUGCUUUACUUCAACGCUUAUUAUUCAAAUGGGAGUCCCUUGUCUAUUGAUGAUAUAUUUUCUCACGUUAUUGAACCGUCUCGUAGGGACGAUCUUAGGACGGCUGGGUUUAAUGGGGCAGUGUCUCAGCAGGAUCAUCCUACUCUAAUGAUCCCAUUCUAUUAUCUUCAUCCCUGUGAAACUCCCUUCCUCUUAAAGAAUAUCGUUGACAACACUCGGGAAUUGAGCGAAAAGUCGGUCGUUCACGUUGAUGGAUAUCUGCGCAGUUGGUUGAGUUUAAUUGGACCAACCGCUGGAAUAAAAGUAGGAAUUGGACUUUUUUUGGAUUCGAAUUGA